GCUAGAAGUCAUGCUAGAAAAGAGUUCCUGUAUUUUAAGUAGAUGUGAUGGCAGAAAGUAAAAAGAAAGAGGAAAGGAAAGAAGAAAAAGAUGGACUUCUGUAUAUGUGGCAAGGUUACCAUGGAGAUGUAGAGGUUGUAAAAUACCCAAGUCUAUUUGGUAUUCCUAUCAGAAAAGUUGCUAUAGGAACAGAUCACUCUGUUUUCCUCACAUAUGAUGGUCGGUUGUUUGCCUGUGGAAGCAAUGACUAUGGUCAGCUAGGAGUGGGUACAGGGAAUGAAAACCAUGCGUAUGAUCCAGUGCUGAUUUCUGGUUUGUCAGGUGAGAGUAUUAAAGAUGUGGCCUGUGGCUCCAAUCAUUGUACAGCAGUCACUAAAUCUGGUCAAGUGUACUGUUGGGGGGAUUCAAGGCAGUACCAGUGUGCCUCCACAGAAAAGAAAGUGACCACCCCACAACUGGUCAACAUCAGCAAAGUCAACUCUGAACAUUGUGUGCAUGGUGUCUCCCUGGAGGAUGAGGAUGUUACAAUUGUCAAGGUGUCCUGUGGGAGUACCCACACUGUGGCCUUGUCUGACGCUGGGGAGGUGUGGGUUUGGGGGUCAGGGGAAGGGCUUGGGACCAAGAAGACUUCUACUGCUUCACCUGUCAUCCUGGAGAGAUUAGUGGGGCGAAAUGUCCUGGGUAUAAGUUGUGGAUUUACCCACACCCUAGCUGUGGUGGAGAGGAGUUUAUUGGAUGACUCUUAUUCCUCAGUGAAAACUAGAAGAUCAAGAGCCUCUGAGACAACCACUCAUAAAAACCUUCCAAAAACUUGUGCCAAAUGUAAUUCUGAGAUAUACACCUAUCUUGAAACCAGUGAUACCUGUAUUAUUAGUGAAGAACACCUGUGUCAGUGUGAUGAUUCAUCUGAAACCCCUGCCUCCUCAGGUGAAAAAUCUGAGGGGGAAUUGGUGCAGAAAUCCAGAAAAAGCGAAAGCUGUGAUGAUGUUUUUGAAAGUCCCGAAGAAACGAGUCGGAAGAAAAGUAGUGAUCAUAGUCUUUCACAGACUCUCAAAAUUGUUGAGGAUCAUUCUGAGGAAACUCAUGAGGAGGAUGUGUGGGUGAAGCAAGACAGUUCUAAUACUGGAGUAUACCCAUUGGAGAAUACAGCAGAAAGUCAUGGUAUGCACAAGUGCCCAGGAUCCAAUAAGUUGGCAGCAGGGAGCUCUGUCAGGUUUGUCAAUGAAGAGGAAGCCAGAAAGUACCUAGCAGAGCAGUAUGAGGACAAAAAAGAGGAAGAGGAAGUUCCUCCACAACAGGAAACAGCCACCUCCACAACACUUGGAAGUCUGUUCUCCUCAGUACAAAUGUAUCCAUCUGAUGUGAUGGGUCAUAUUUCUUCUGUUCCUCAACAAAUGUCCUCCAUGACCAGUAAAGCCUUCACUAGUAUAACUGAUAGACUGGGCUUUACUACAGAUAACAAACCAAAGGAUAAUGCCUCUGAAAGCAGCGGGACUGGGUCAAAUCUGUUUCUGGCAGGAUUUGAUACUUCAGAGGAGGAUUUAAGAUCUCCUGGGGUGGAGGAUCAAGGGAACAGAUCUUCUCAGGAGACUAGUUUCAUAAGUGAUAGCAGUACUGAUGAUUCAGCAGAGAGGCUGUCAUUGAGGACCAUACAGGCCAAACAAGAAAACCUUUGUAAAAUGGUCCCUUGUGAUCAGCUUCCUGUCAUCACAGAAACAUCAGAUACAUUUAUCACCUUGGAAACAGAGGUAUGGUCAUGGGGAAAAAACAACAAAGGUCAACUUGGCCAUGGAGAUGAAAUUGACAGAAAUCAGCCUGAGGUUGUGAGGACUCUGAAUGGUGCUAAAGUGGUGAGGGUGUGUGGUGGGGGAUACCACUCUCUGGCUCUGACUGCUGACUCCAGGGUAUACAGCUGGGGCUUCAAUGCUUCUGGACAACUUGCUCGGACAGACAAUACAGCCAAGCCUUGUACAAUACAGCUGAUGGACCGGUGUUAUGUGUGGGAUGUUGCUGCAGGGGAGAAAUUUUCCAUGUUUCUGAUGGACAGGGAUGGAUUUCAACCAGAAAUACACUUUGUGGGAAAACAUCCAUGUCGGGAUCUGUACGUUCCAGUGUAUAAAACAAACCGCCUUACUCACCUUAAGUUCUUGAAGCAGGCUGGAUGGGUGCGUGCAAUAUCAGCAGGGGAAGAUAACUCUGCAUGCAUAUCCUGUUGGAGUUUUACAGGAUUUACAGCUUCACUGUUUGAAGUGGCCGCUUCAGAGAGGCGAUUUUACAGUUAUCUCAAUCGCAUUGUUAAAUCUGUGGUUCAUCCCCUUAAAGAGUCAAGUUUCUUCAGUACCUUAGAUGUGUUUCCAUACAAAUCUUGUACUCAGAAUCUGCUGGCAGCAUUUGAAAAUAUCACUAAUCUAAUUGGUGAGAAUUCAGUCGACUUGACUAGCAGGAUAAGAUCUAUGGAUAAUUUUUUGGAGGCUAACUUUUUUACAAAAUGUGAAGACAUUAUUAGUGAAUUUAAGAUUUUCUCUAUAAGCUUUGCAGACAUGUUAGCUAUUGGUGGAUUAGAAUUCUUGUGCAAAACUGGAAAGCCAUUUUUUGAUACCUUGGAUAAGGAUCUGCAGGCAUUAUUAGACGGGUCUAAGUACAGCAAAAAGAACAUGGCAGAAAAGUUACAAAUCUUGUUUGAUCGACCGUUUAGUCAUGUGAAAGAGUACUGCAGACUUACAGAGAAACUCGCUUGUAACUAUGAAGCAGAAGCUGCAGAGUACCGAUUGUUGAGCAAGGUGACCUUGCAAUGGCAGACCUUGAAACGAACGACUAGUAAUGAACACAAGAUUGCAACUAACACCAAAUCAUUUUGGGAAUCUCUGAAUUUCCAUAAGUUAAUUGAUGCAGUAAAGAUUCCAACACGUCGCCUGAUCCGUAGCAGCAGGGACCACCCCCUGUCUCUAUAUGGAGGAGGACGGAUGUCCACCAAUGAUUUCUUCCUCUUCAAUGACCUCUUUGUUCAUGCUCAACUAAAACGUACCCUGGGUCAUUUGAAGUACUCUACAUUCCGGUCCUACCCGCUGGACACCCUGUGGAUUGAAACACUGGAAGAUGAUAAACAAAGAAACUUGAUCUCCUUGAUUAUGCCAGAAGAGAAAUUGACCCUGGUAGCCUCUGAUGGGAAUGAAAAGACAGAGUGGCUUGUAGCAUUAAACUCAACCAUCAACAAAGACCUCAGUCGUCAGAAAUCUGUGUCGCGUAGAGGGAGUUCGGACCGACUGACUCCCCCAGAUAUUCGCUUUGCUAACCAUCAGUUUAUACGACAUACUGUAUUUAAGGGUGCCACCUACUCUGGAUACUGGAUGACUGGAAAAAUACAUGGCUUUGGAGAGAUGAAGUGGGCAGAUGGAAGAAAAUAUAUAGGGAAUUUUAAAGAGGGAUUACAACAUGGACAUGGUAAGCUUAUUCUGAAGCAGGAUGAUGGGAGUGAAAGAACACAGGAAGGUUACUGGAGAGAUGGACUGCUUCAUGGGCUGGCCAAAGUCAGGUAUUCUAAUGGAGAUAUCUAUGAAGGAGCUUUUAAGGAUGGACAAAGACACGGGCAUGGCAUUUAUCGUCAUGGACAACACACAUCAAUGGCUGCAAGUGUUUACAUUGGAGAGUGGGUUUCUGACAAGAAACAAGGAUACGGGAUCAUGGAUGAUGUCAUGAAAGGAGAGAAGUACAUGGGUUUGUGGCAGGAGGAUAUCCGACAGGGCGGUGGUAUUGUGGUCACGCUUGACGGAAUGUACUUUGAGGGAAACUUCACCCAGGACAAAUUAACAGGGUAUGGUUUAAUGCUUACCUAUGAUACCAGUACCUAUGAAGGAGAGUUUGCAGGGAUUACCCAGCUCCAAGGCAAGGGUAAGUUGACGAUGCCAAACCAUGACACCAUUGAGGGCACAUUUAGUGGAUCAUGGAAUGAAGGACUCAAAAUUAAUGGAGUAUUUAAGAAGGCUGCUUAUUCUGAAGUCAAUAAGAAAAAAGGUCACAAUAACCUCUCCCCGAUAUUUGGUACAAUGGCUGUACCUGCCAGCCAGAGAUGGGAAGGCAUGUUCCAGCAGUGUAUCUCUGUAUUCAGGGUCAAAGGUCAGGAUCAACUAAAUACAGAGAAAGCCUGGGAAAAUGUAGCCAUUACAUUGUCUAAAGGAGAGAAGAGCAUCAUUGAAAUCCAUAAAAAUCCAAACAAUAAAAUUAAGCGGAUCCUGAACCUGGCAGAGGAGUUGGAAACUAUUCCCCCACAUAGUAAAGGGAGGUUAACAGUGGAGUACUACAGAGAGAUUAGGCAGUACCUACAUAAGGCUUUUGACUUGCCUUUUCACCCUCUGGGUAAACUGAUGGAGGGACUGGUAGAUGUCUUUAGAGCUGCCUAUAUUGGGGUUGGGGCACACCCCAGGCUUUUGGACCAUGCUGUCAAUGAGAUUACUUCAUUUGUGUAUCGUUUGUAUAAGUGUGUCAGGAUCCUAUUUCCUGACCUGCCUGAAAAUGGGGGUCCUAUUCUGAUUGAGCCCGAGACAUCAGAGGAAAGGGAGAUGACUCCUGAGGAAGACAAGUCAAUGGUUGUGAGCUGUGGCACUCUCAUUCAUCCGAUCCUCCUGCCCAAGAUUUAUCCUCCCCUGUUUGAUCUCUAUGCACUGUACAAUGACAAGGAGAACGAGAAGUAUUGGGAGAGAGUACGAAAGUUAAACAAGCAGGGAGAUGUAGGAUUAAUGGCAUUCCUAGGGAUUGAUCAGAAGUUCUGGCUCCUUGAUGCAUUGCUGCGGGAUAAAUCAAAAAGUUUGUCUGCCCUGAGGGAUCAUUGUUAUCUCUCCUGUAUAGAAACUCUACAGCACAUCAGCACAGCAUUUAGUCCCAAGGAGAAACUGGAGGUCAUACAGAAAACCUUCUCAGAAAUCACCAAGACUGUGCAGGAGAGCAUGGGAGAUGUCCAGAUGUGGUGCAUGGAUGAUUUAUUCCCAAUAUUCCAUUACAUUGUCAUCAGAGCACAGAUACGCCACCUAGGGGCAGAAAUCCACCUCAUUCAGGAUUUAAUGGAGCGCCACCUAGAGAAUGGAGAGCUUGGCAUUAUGUUUACAAUGCUGCAUGCAUGUUAUUUUCAAAUCCAGAAUGAGAAGAUACCAGGUCAAGGUUGAUUCUACUAUUGAUGUAUCCUAGGAAACAAAGUACACAAAUACAAACUUGUAAAACCAUGUGUUUACCCAGGGACCAAAGCCUUAUAAAGACUUUGUGCCAUGUAAUUUUGUUCUUUUUGCAGUUUUCAAUAUGUUUAACAUAUCAGAAUUUGUUAAUAUGUAGUUUUUAAAAAAAAAAAAAAAUUGUUUCAGUUUU